AUGUUGAGGGGAAGAACAGUAUAUAAAGAUACAGAGGGAGACUCACAGCAGCUACAUCUGCCGGAGAGCAGAAACAUCCCAGAUCUUCUAACUGCAAAACUUCACCUCUUCUGCUUCUCCACGCAUCGUCCAGACGUUUACUGCCGGGGCUCCAUCAUGGCGAAGCCAGGUGCAUUGCUCCUCCUGCUGGCAGUUGCUGCUCAUCUUGGUGACAUCCAGUCUACACCAAUUGCUGGUGAAGAAAGAAACCAUACGGUUGACAUCAGCAACUGUACCAUCCACUUCUUUGGACGCCCGUUCUCAAUGAUAGAUGUGUUCUUCAAACAAGAUUCAACCAUUGCACUUUGUUUCAAAAAUAAUGCAAAUGACACUGCACAAGAUUGUCUUUUGCUACUGAAUGGAAAUAUAACAAAAUUCAUAGCGGCAAAUGUGACGCAAGACAAAGAGAAAUUUGAACCAGAAGUUUUGCCACGCAUCAUGACAUCAUCAUCAGAUUGCUCUGUUGCGCUGGGUUUUGGUGAGGAUGAAGGUGAUAUAAUGUGGAAAUUGGGAUUAUAUCCAUUUGGUGUACUUGCAGCUGUCAGACUUUAUCCUCCUUAUCUCUCGACAACUAAAAUGGAAGCAUGGGUUGCAAAUACAGCUGUGAAACCAUUCUUGCCUACUAAUAUCAGUGAUGGCUUUUUUUGGGACAUAUCUGGAUGCAGAGCGUUGGGGGAGGUUCUUCCAACUUAUUCAGAAAUAAUCCACCGGGAAAACUGCACCAAGGUCAAAUGUAACGCAAAUACAACCACCUCGUCAGAAAGUACAUGUCAACUAUAUGAGGAGUGCCUCGGAAACAACAUGUGUCACUUACCCUCUGCCCUAUGCACUGUGACUGGACCCAAUGUCAUAGAUUUUUUCAGCAGAGUCCACACUGUCACUGAUCGGUGUGGAUACCGUCUGCUGAAUUCGAUUUAUUUUGCGAUGGCGGCGGUUUUCCGGGAGCGACGCCGCAGAGACGUGCCAUUUUUGGACCAUUUAAUGUUUACGCAGGUUCCGUCAAAUGAAAUCUUUUACCUGGAACAAGCUGGAAGAGUUCGGGUUGGUCAAAAGGUACUAAGUCUCAACGCCACGGCACUUGAAGUUCAUGGUGUUUACUUGUCUGCGGAUGCAACCGGCGUUACUGCCAAGUUACCUAAAGAGGGCGUUGAAAUCUUCUUUGAUGGCAACACCGUCCAUUUGUUAGUAAAAAAACAACUGUCUGUGGGCUUGUGUGGCAACCUCGUUGAUUCCACAAUUACCACCACAAUGCCUGAAAUGAGAAUUUCGUCGCCUGGCUGUCUGGAUGGGUACUCUGACGCUGUAGACAGUACAAUCAACUGUGCCCACUCAACUGCACGCUGUCAGCUCAUGAAUCAGGCACCCUUCUCUGCUUGCCACGAGCACAUUAAUCCAUCGAGCUACAUCGAAGCCUGCAUAAACACUACGUGUGUCUACCCGUCGAAGGACGGUUUCAGCUGCCAGCAUUUUGAGGCUUACGCCAAGUCCUGCAGCCUGCUGGCUCCCAGUGUCAAUCUGCAGAACUGGAGGUCACCGACCCACUGCCCUGCUGCCCCUGAAGGCUCCUGUCCGGACAACUACUGCAGCGAUCAUGAGUUCUGCGUCCCGUACCCAUACCACUGCCACUGUCGGGCCAUUUUUGCCUCCAAGUACAAGCCAAAGACUUUCGGCGGGCCGACAAUCUGCAAGGCGAACUCUGCAACUGUUUCUCUGGUGGGAUGUCUGCUGAAGGACCAUGGCAUCCAUCACUCCCACCUGACCCUCAAUGACAAGAACUGCACAGGUGACUACGACAGCGAGAGCCACAUGAUCACUUUCAGCUUCGACUCCACUAACACCUGCGGAGCCAAGGUCAUGACGAACAAAAACUACACCAGCUUCGAAAACAGCAUCAUGGAAAAGAACGUCUCCGCCACGAGCCUCAUCACUCAUGAAACCCAAUUCGUUCUUGACUUCUCCUGCUCCUACAAAACGCCAGAAGUAAGGACUAUGUCCUUCAAGAUCAAAGACGGCUCUAUAGAGCAGAAGAUUGUUUCUGGAUUUUGGAAUUACACUCUGAUAAUGAACGCCUACACCGACCCUGGCCACCUGAACGCAGUCAAAAUGAAUACAAAGAUCCGGCUGAACCAGAGGAUCUGGGUAGAGUUGAAGGCGAAGGAGCUGGGCGGCAAAUUAGUUGCAUUGGUCACUGACUCCUGCUGGGCAACCAACCUGCCAGCACACGAUAGCAGUCCGAAAUACGACAUUAUCGUAAACGGAUGCCCAAACCCUGCUGACAACACGGUGAACGUGAUAGGAAAUGGUAUGGGAACGUCCAACUCUUUCUCUUUCGGCAUGUUCGAGUUCAUAGGGGGAAGUCCCGAUGUCUACCUGCACUGCGAAACGAAGCUGUGCGCCACAUCGAGCCAGUCCUGCGCUCCGACUUGCGGUGGUGUUAAGAGGAAGCGGAGAUCUGCCUGGCAAAGUAAAGCACAGAAACCACGUGAAUCUGACAGCCCAGCCCUCAUGAACAUGAUCUGGAAUGAUGAUAAUUAGACAGCUGCCCUUUUGACAGAUGAUAUGGUGAUUCUUUCAGCUUGGAAUGAGUCAGUGGUUUGGAAAGAGUGUUUGAAGGUAUCUGCAGAGUCUUUGGUGGGUGAUUCAAUCCAAUGAUUCCUGCAAAUUAUUAAUGAGGAGAUCAUAAUAUUAGAAGUGAUUUGUGUAAUGAAGACAAAUAAUCAAAGAAGGGUUUUGAGGGUUUUCUUUAUAUUUUGGUGACCGGAAGUUUAAAUAAGCUUUGUAGGAAGAAGGUUUUGAGAUCCAGUGGAAGGAGAUUUCUAAACCUCUAAUAUGUGUUUCUGGAAAAAAGUGUUUGAAGUUAUCAUUGCUGUGAAAGAAGAUGUUAUUGUCAUCACGCUGAUCUUCAAUUGACCCAACAGAGACGAGGUAUAUAUUACUUUAUUUCUGCUGAUUUAAUCCACUGAUUAAUGCAACUUUAUUAGAUUUUUUUUUUAAAUGGAACACAAUCAUUAGCAUAUGAAAAAAAUAAGUAGAAAGAAUGGUUCAGAGGGUUUUAUUUACAAAUAAUAAAUAAAAGUGGUACUGCACAUGUAAACACAUUUUUUGGGCUGUUAACUAAAUUAUACAGUCAUGGAAAAAAUAUCAGACCACCCUUUUUCUUCAAUUUCUUGUUCAUUUUAAUGCCUGGUAGAACUAAAGGUACAU